CCGUCUGUUUCCGGCGUGAAUGAACUUGUGAAGACUGAAGUUGCUGAAUCAUCAGUGAAUGUCUGAUGUGGGAUACAGUUGUAUUGAUUUAAUAUUUCAUUAAGAUUUCAAGAACGUCACUAUAACUGAAAAAUGACUGUUACUCUGAGCCUGAGCAAACGCAGCCCAAACGUUGGAAAUCUCAUCGCAACUGAAUAUGUGAAGAGUAUAGUAGAUGUGAAGGUAGACUGGGGAGAUAGCAACUCUAUCACCACUAGUAGUGAUGUCGUCUUUACUACUGGCCCAAGCAUCUGUAGGUACCUGGCCAGGCUUGCACCCCAACUAGGGUUGUAUGGUGGAAACGCUCUUGAGAGGGCCGAGGUGGACCACUGGAUAGAGUUUAGUGUGGGGCAACUGUGCUGCGACAGCGACUUUGGAGAUGGGGUUCAGUACCUCGAUUCGGUGCUAGCCUCGGCCAAUCACCUCAUCGGAUCCGGCGUUACGUUAGCUGACAUCUGCGUCUGGGCAGCCAUCAAAGGGUCACCUGCAUGGUCAGGUAAUACCUUUCAAGGUAGCGUUAAUGUUCAGCGAUGGUUCGACCACCUGGCCGCACAGCCACAGUUCAAAGGUGCGCUUACUCAAGUGCCUGGACUCGCGACGAAGCCUGCAGAGAAAAAGGAAGGAGUAGAUAAGAAUAGAAGGGAAGCGCCAGCCAAAGAGAAAAUGAAAGACGAGGGCAAGUUCGUCGAGCUUCCAGGAGCGGAGAAGGGCAAGGUUGUUGUUCGCUUUCCACCUGAAGCCAGUGGGUGUGGAGAAGAACGUUAAGAUGUGGGAGGACAUGAAGCAGGGCACCGCGUACGGGAAGACAUGCGCCGUGCGCGCCAAGAUCGACAUGCAGUCGGACAACGGCGCCAUGCGAGACCCGACGAUAUACAGGUGCAAGAACGAGGAGCACGUCCGCACGGGCCUCCAGUACAAGGUGUAUCCUACGUAUGAUUUUGCGUGCCCUAUAGUGGAUUCGAUCGAAGGAGUAACACAUGCGCUGAGAACCACCGAAUACCAUGAUCGUGAUGAUCAAUACUACUGGUUCAUCAAUGCUCUUCAAAUACCAAAGGUUCACAUCUGGGAGUACGCGCGCCUCAACAUGGUGAACACGGUGCUGUCGAAGCGAAAGCUCACCUGGUUCGUCGACGAGGGCAUAGUCGACGGCUGGGACGACCCCCGCAUGCCGACCGUGCGCGGCGUCCUGCGCCGCCGCACUAGUCAGACCAGUGGUUCCCAACAUGUGGUCCCCGGACCCCUGGGGGACUGCAAGGAUAGUUCUGGGGGUGUGGAGAAGAACGUUAAGAUGUGGGAGGACAUGAAGCAGGGCACCGCGUACGGGAAGACAUGCGCCGUGCGCGCCAAGAUCGACAUGCAGUCGGACAACGGCGCCAUGCGAGACCCGACGAUAUACAGGUGCAAGAACGAGGAGCACGUCCGCACGGGCCUCCAGUACAAGGUGUAUCCUACGUAUGAUUUUGCGUGCCCUAUAGUGGAUUCGAUCGAAGGAGUAACACAUGCGCUGAGAACCACCGAAUACCAUGAUCGUGAUGAUCAAUACUACUGGUUCAUCAAUGCUCUUCAAAUACCAAAGGUUCACGUCUGGGAGUACGCGCGCCUCAACAUGGUGAACACGGUGCUGUCGAAGCGAAAGCUCACCUGGUUCGUCGACGAGGGCAUAGUCGACGGCUGGUGA